GAGACUAAACAUUACGCAGAGGAAGAAGAAGAAGCACUUCCGCAGUGUCACGGUUCAUUCAAGCCUCGUCUAAACUGUUAGACUCAGCAGUUGGUUUUGUUAAAAAAUGACUAAAAUCAAAGACAAAAGGAAAGAAAAAGUCAGCGUCGCCACUGAGAUUGACCGACUGGAGGAGCGACGGGCGCGUUGCCAUGACAACCUGGACAGGGCGGAGUUUAGGAGCAGGAAGGAGCAACUCUCUGAUAUGAAGAGGCAGGAACUGGAAGAAGAAAUGACAAUCAUUAAGGAAAGGAUGCAAAAAUUAGACAAAGAGCUGUCGACUUUAAGAAGCGAGAAUCGAAAGAACAUGCUCCUGUCAGUUGCUCUACUCGCUGUCAGCGCUCUACUCUACUUUGUGUUUUUCGAUAGUGAAGAAAACUCAUGAUGUCACACAGUUUCUUAAAGGGACCUUUUGAAUGAACAACAACUUCUAGAUUUUUUUAAGAUAUGUGAAAAAGGUGCAAAUGUGUGCUGAUGAAACACCUCGGAUCUGCCUUUAGAUGGCAGCAUUUCAUCAUCUGGCCAUUGGUCUGUUUUAAUCCUGCAGUCCACCACAGCUUCUUUAACUGAUGAUUAACCAUGUUGGAACAGUUGAUAAUGGUCUGUUCUUCCAUCUACAUUUAUUUCUCAGUAGAGCUGAUUUUAUCUCACUUCUCUCUGUUUAUUAUUUCAGCAGCAGCAUUUUUUUCAUGCUAUUUGAAUAGUUACACGUGGUUAUCGGGUAACAAAAUUGAAUGAUUCAUCCAUGUGUGAUUCACCCGUUAUCCCAUGAUAAUCACAAAGCACAUGUUGGACUGGAUCUGCACAUGGUCACGACUGAAUUACCUGUAAAGUAACACUUGUAACCCAAGAGUGACUUUAAUUCAGUUUAUAUGUAGUUACUUUUAUUAUUUUACAGUUAAUUAUGAAAUUCAAGAUGACAAAGAACCAAGAGACAUCGUCUCGUGCCAUAAAUAAAUAAAUGAAUGUAAUGUUACUGUAUGUUAUAUAUUGGUAUUACUUGGUGCCAAUUAAGACAGUUCUUAAAGUGCAUGAUCCCUGUUCUGUAAGCAACUACACAACAAACUGAGAUUAUAAUGGUUUUCUUUUCAAAUGUGAGCAGUUUUGUUGUUAAUUGUUUUACAGUUUCAUCGCACUCUUAUGAAUACAGAAGAUCUUUAAUGUCUUUGAGAUAACUAUUAUUAAAGCACAGUUAGGUUUGUCCUUUGCAGUGCAUUUAAAAGUAUAUUUAUAAAAAUCAGUAGUAGAGUUCUUCACAUUGUUAAUGUUAUAAUAAACUUUUCUACUGAAACUUGUUCUCAAAACACCAAAUUAAUGCAUUAGUUUGAUGCUGGAGACAGGAUUAGAAGAGUACUUGUCCAUCCAUGUGUGUUUAGCAUUGUAUGAGAGGAUAAUCCGAGAAUAGUCUCAGUGUUCCGAGAGGAUAAAAAUGUACAAGAGUGUGGCUUUCAUAAUAAUCAAGACUCAUUUUAUCCUGUCUCCUCUUUAAUACACAUUUUCCAAUUAAGGACUUAAACAGACCUAAAAAUAAUAGCCUAAUUGCAAUCAUCUAGAUAAUUCCAGUUUCAACUGUAUGACGGCAGAAACGUGUGAAUCAGUUCAUCAGUUAGUUUUCUUUUUCAUAAUACGUUUCUGCCUCAUGUAAAACAUGAGCUGAUGAUUCUCUUUCACAUUUAUUCCUGUUCUGCCUUUGAAAGGUGCAAAUAAAAACAAUUAUUCCUGUA